AACUCUUUUUCAGUGAAAUUUAAUUUGAAUGCUGCUACUUCACAUUGUUUUCCAGGUCAUCUUACUUUCUUCUUUUUUUUUUUUUUUAAUUACUUCACACACACUGCUGGUGACCUGCUCAAAAAAAAAAAUCCAAAAAAUGUAGGUCUAAAAAUGACAUGCUGAGAAGAAAAAGUUACACUGAAGUACUCCAGGGAAUCAAGGCAAUGGUCUGAAGUAUAGUUGCAGCAAUUUAAAAUAACUGUGUCCUAGGUCAUUCUUAUCUGAUUAAAAAGAGGCAUAAAAGGGAUGUUGCUCGUGCAGCUCAGACAGAGACUCGCUGCACUGUGGGAGCUGUGCAUCAACACAAACAUGUCUACGAGUUUGAGGGUGCGUUUGCCGGUGUUCGUGCUGGUGAUGGAGAUUGUCAUGGUGACACUCUUUGCUUUCUUUGUCACCUAUGAUGAGAACGCCAACGCUAAGUUCCAGAACAAUGAGACCAAUCCAAUGGAGAACUCCAUGUAUCGCGACUAUCCGUACUUUGCCGACGUGCAGGUGAUGAUCUUCGUCGGCUUCGGCUGCCUGCUGGCAUUUUUUAGGUUUUACGGUUUUAGUGGAAUGGUGUUUAACUUUCUCACGGCUACGUUUUCAAUCCAGUGGGCCAUCCUGAUUCAAGGUUUCUUCCAGUUUUACUAUGAUGGAAAAAUCCACCUGGGGGGUGUCCACCCUGUGGACCGAGAGUUUGCCCGGGCGGGUGUGCUCAUUUCUUUUGGAGCUGUGAUAGGAAAGACCAGUCCCAUUCAGCUCUUGGUGAUGGCCCUGCUGGAGAUCCCCAUAUUUUCUGUGACAGAGUGGGCAGUCCUGAAAUACCUCAGAAUCAAUGACGCAGGGGGCAGUAUUCUCAUUCAUCUGUUUGCAUGCUAUUUUGGUCUGGGAGUGACUUUUGUUCUGUACCGUCCAAAUCUGAACAGCGGACAUGCAAAAGAGACAACUUGUUACCAAUCUGACAUUCUGUGUGUACUGGGAACCCUGUUCCUCUGGGUCUUCUGGCCUUCAUUCAACUCUGCUCUGACCUUAAAAGGCGACGAUCAGCACAGAGCAGUUCUCCACACUUUCAUUGGCCUCAGCUCAUCAACAAUCACUGCAUUUGCCCUGUCAGCAGUGUUCAACAAACGAGGUAAACUGACCAUGGCUGACAUCCAGAAUGUGACUUUGGCCGGUGGCGUGACUGUCGGUGCUUCUGUGGACAUGAUGAUUUCUCCUGCAGCUGCCUAUGGACUGGGCAUCAUGGGCUGCACUGCCUGUUUCUUUGGAUAUCGUUACCUGACUCCAUUUUUAGCUCAACGCAUGAGGAUCCAAGACCAGUGUGGGAUUCACAAUCUCCAUGGUCUCACUGGACUCAUCUCAUCCACAGCUGGAAUCUGUGCAAUCCUCCUAGCCACCGAGGAAACCUACGGCCCAAGCAUGUACCAGAUCUUCUCACAUCGGGCUCCACCUGAAGGACAUGAAAAGCUGCUUGAGCUGCAAAAACUGAUUCCUGGACUGAAGCCUGGUUUGGGCCGUACUGCAGAGGAACAGGCUCUCUACCAGGUGGCAGCUAUCUUUGCUACCAUUGGAGCAUCAGCAGUUGGUGGGCUCCUCACUGGUCUGGUCUUGAAGUUGCCAUUCAUGGCGUCUCCGUCUGACGAUGACUGCUUUGAUGAUGAGCUGUUUUUUGACACACCGUCAGACUUUGACAGUUCUGUCACAUUACCUAUAAUGUGUGAAGAUAACAGACAGAAGGAGUCAAUCAAGAAUGUCUGA